GCAUCCAUGUUAAAGGAGGAAGUGGCGGUAUGGGGUAUCCAAAGUUUGGUGGUGUCGGUGGAAAAGGAGGAGAUGUUUAUGUGGAAGCAAUUGCAGGUGAAACCAACAAAAUUGGAGAUAAAAUUCUAGUGGCCAAGGGAGGAGCCGGAGGUUCGCCAGCUAAUCAGUUUAAUGGUCAGCAUGGACAGGCUCUUAAUCUCACAUUGGAACUGAAACUUAUAGCUGACAUAGGCCUGGUAGGAUUCCCAAAUGCUGGAAAGUCAACAUUGUUGAAAGCCAUAUCCAGAGCCAAACCAAAAAUUGCCAGCUACCCUUUUACAACAAUACGGCCAAAUAUUGGUAUUGUCGAGUAUCCUGACAAAAGACAAAUAAGCAUAGCUGAUCUUCCUGGCCUAGUUGAAGGUUCUUGGGCUAACAUGGGAAUGGGCCACAAAUUUCUCAGGCAUGUUGAAAGGACAAACCUACUGCUGUAUAUUGUAGACAUCAAUGGUUUUAAAAUGGGACCUCAAUAUCCUCACCGAACACCAAUAGAAAAUGUAAUUCUUUUGAAUAAGGUAAGAAAAGAAUCGAUUACAUCAUUUUUGUAACCAAUAUGAUGUAACUCCAGAAUGAAUGCAGUGAUGACAGCCUUCAGGCUACAGUCUAGA